CUUCUUUGGAUGAAUUUAAUAACUAUUAUUAUAAUUGUUUGCAUGCUGUUGUUCUUCAGCGUCAGGAAAUGGCCGGGUCACUUCCGCUACUUUCAGUUCGCCCGAUCCGCUGCAUGGUGGAUGAACGCUUCGAGGUGCGCGUGCAGGAUUUACAGCCUGGGUUUCGGGUCACAUUGCAUGCGCUGCUGCAGUCAGAGGACGGAGACUUUUGGGAAGCUUUUGGUCACUAUGUCAGCGAUGAGACAGGACAUGUCACAGUAUCUAAAGAUCCCAGUCUUGGUGGAUCAUAUGAAGGAGUUGAACCCAUGGGUCUGCUGUGGAGUAUGAAACCUAUUCCUGGAAGCAGGACAGGUCUCAGAUUUCGCAAGACGGAUGUCUACACACCGAUGGAUGUCCACAUAUCUGUAUAUGAAGACCACCUUACUGAGGGAUUCAGAGAGAAACCUCCCAUAGCAUUAGCUGUGACACAGAGGUGGUACACUGCCCCGGGGAUCCAGAGGGUUAAUGUUACGGACAAAGGGUUAGAGGCGGCUAUUUACAUCCCACCAGGCCCUGGACCUUUUCCUGCUGUGCUGGACCUCUGGGGUGGAGGUGGAGGCCUAGUGGAGUAUCGCUCUGCUCUGCUGGCAUCCCGAGGCUAUGUCGCUUUAGCACUGGAGUAUAUUGGACGAGUAGACGCAGAUGGAAAUUCAUACAAAGUGGACAAGAACUACUUUGAGGCAGCAUUCACUGUGUUGAAGGAGCAUCCACAGGUUUCCCCAGAAAGAAUUGCAAUUCUGGGUUUGUCUUUUGGUGUCUCUGUCACCCUGGGCAUGGUGGUAUACUCCUCAGUGAUAAAGAUGGGUCGUAUCAAGUGCCCCAUUUUAUUGAUCGUUGGGGAGGAUGAUCAGAAUUGGCCAGCAUCAGAGUCUGCAGAAGAUAUGAAGCUGAUGAUGGAACAUGGCGGUAAUCGUCAUCUGUUAACUGUUCUGUCUUAUCCUGGAGCUGGCCACCUCAUCGAACCUCCUUACAGUCCACAUUGUCGAGCCAGCAACUUCAUGUUGACCCAACAUGAGUGGUGGUGCUGUGGGGUGGACAAACGGAGCCUCACAGUCGAGCUCAGGAGGACUCUUGGCACAAAACCCUGGCAUUUUUGGAGCAGCAUCUCUUCAGCAUUAAUGAUUAACAUCAAAUAUCAAUUACAUUGUCCGUAUGCAUUUUAUUAGAGAAAAAGGAAACACAAAAGAAGUUCAGAUUUAAUAUCACACAUUUUAUAUGCAUCAUUGACUAUUGUGUUUUGUAUUAUUGAUAAACUAAUCAUAAAUAUAUAAGAAUUACAUUUUCUUCAGCAAUAAAUGUGUAGCAGCAUG